AUGUGCCACGUUCUAUCGAACAUGAUGUACCAUUUGGUCCGGCACCCAGAUGACCUGCAACGGAUUCGCGACGAAUUAACAAUGAUCAAUGUGCGCGACUACAAGGCCCUCCAGCACCUGUCGCAUCUGUCGGCGUGUAUCUACGAGACACUGCGCCUAAACCCGCCCGUAGCGUCGGCUGGGCUGCGGCUCGCUCCCCCCGAAGGGAUGACCGUCUACGGGAGAUUCAUCCCCGGCGGGACCACCAUUGCGGUUCCGCAAUACAGUGUCUGCCGAGGCGAUUACCAAUGUCCCGGAAAGAACCUAAGUCUCAUGGAGAUCCGAGUCGCAUUGGCCCUGGUCCUCACUCAGUUGGACUUUGAAUUUGCCCCUGGCGAGAGCGGUCAACGCCUCUUCACGCAGGCUAUAGAUUAUUUCACGAUGAGUCCGGGGCCAAUGCAUCUGGUUUUCCGGACAAGGAUUGGAAAUUGUUAA